AUGUCCGAUUCAGAGGAUUCAGAUAUGGGUUUGCUUGUGCAAGCACUACCUGUCUCAGAUUUUGAUUUAAAUGACCCACCCAAUCACGAAAAGGCCCUUACAUCACCUGAUGAAUACUUAAAAUUUGUGCGUUAUCAAGCUUCAUCAUUUCCGAGUGUGUUAUGUUGUCAUAACUUACCUACAAAUAUGGUUGACCAAACAACUACCUCAACAAUUGAUUCUGCCAAGUUGAAUGACCAUGACACUCAGAAAAAUUUCAAAGUCGUUUCCACAAAAAUAUCAAAGCGUUCACAAGAAAACCAAAUUAUUCAUUUCCGAAAAGCUGUCGAUGAAUAUCAGUUUUUGAAAUCAUUGGUUUUGAGAAAUUCCGAUCAAAUAACCAAAACUGUAAUUCCAAUGACUAAAACAGCAAUACUUGAACACUCUCCCUCUUUAGCUUGGAUUGCUCAACGCAGCAGGUCCGAAAUUAUGACAUUGAUUGAUUUGGUUGCAUCUAUUUGUACAAAAAAGCAGUGGAAUUCUAAAUUGAGACAUCAACUGUCAAGUAUCUGUUCUCAAUCUAAACAUAAAAGUACCGCUUAUGUGUUAAAAAAAGAAAUUGAUCUGGCGAAAAACGACUUCAUCAAGUGAACUGCAAUGAAUAUAUGAAACUGGUUAUCUGUAAUCACAUUUUGUGAAGGAGUUAUUAUCUGAAUUAGUCAAUUAGUUUUAAUCUGUUGGUUAUAGAUGGUUAAUUGUAUAAUAUUGUAAAUAUAUAUCGUAAAAUUGACAUCAAAUACUAC